UCAACCUUAAAAAGACAUUCAUGACCAAAAAGGUUGUUUAACACAUCUCGAUACCAAUAAAAAGAUUAAGCCCAGUAUUGGUUGAGUGGUUUACUCACUCAGAUCCAGCCUCAAUAUAUAAUCAUGUCUGUGAGUGGACAAUUUAUACAUCAGUAGGCUAUAAAGUUGAUUAUAACUAUUACUUUAGUGUACAGUGUACAGAACAACUGGAUGUGUGCAGUGGAUUUCAUUAUAUAACAUCAUCGUCUAUUCAUCUAGAACUCCUUCUAUUUCUUUGUUUCAGGGUGUUGGUGGAGAUAAGCAAGGGCUCGUCAGGCAGCAGCGAUGAACUGGUCCGGCCUGGAGAGCCUGAUCAGCGGGGUCAACAAGUACUCCACCGUGUUCGGCCGCUUGUGGCUGUCCAUGGUCUUUGUGUUUCGGGUCAUGGUCUUUGUGGUUGCAGCUCAAAGAGUUUGGGGUGACGAAAACAAAGAUUUUGUCUGUAAUACGAAACAGCCGGGCUGUACCAACGUGUGCUAUGACAGCAUCUUCCCCAUCUCCCACAUUCGUCUGUGGGCCCUGCAACUGAUCUUCGUCACCUGCCCGUCCCUCAUGGUGGUGGCCCACGUGAAGCUGCGCGAAGAAAAGGACCUUAAGUACACCGUACUGCACGAGGGCUCCCACCUGUACAGCAACCCGGGCAAGAAGAGGGGGGGGCUGUGGUGGACCUACCUGCUGAGUCUGGUCUUCAAGGCAGGCUUUGACGCCUCGUUUCUCUACGUAUUGUAUCGGAUAUACCAUGGAUAUGACAUGCCCAGGUUGUCCAAGUGCUCCCUGGAUCCCUGCCCCAACACCGUGGACUGCUUCAUCAGCCGUCCCACAGAGAAGAAGAUCUUCACCCUGUUCAUGGUGGUCACCAGCGCCAUCUGCAUCUUGAUGUGCUUGUGUGAGAUGUUGUACCUCAUUGGCAAACGGAUUCAGAAAGCCCUCAGGGUUCAGAACUCCAUUAACAGGCUCCUAUUCGCCGAGCGGCACGAGAUCAAAAACCUGGUCCCGCCCAGAUCACAAACCCGCCGCCACUAUUCCCCUCAGAGCAAAAGUUUAAGCAAGAUGGACAAAGCCAAGGAGACCACGACAACCCUGUAGAGGACUCAAAAAACAUUGUCCUGCACUCCAUGAAAGUACAAUUAUAAUAAAGCAGCUACAGUUGAUGGACUGUAAGUCAAAUAUAUAUACUAGGAUUAGACAAUCCUAGUUAUCCUACAACAAAGAUAUGAUGGCCAAAUGAAUCAUACGGAUAGUUGUUAUGGGGAAAGGUGAUGGGACUUGUUUUUGACGUGUAUUCAUGCUAUUUUAGACAACGAUGGAAGUUUAAUGCACUGAUGUUCAGCAUCUGUCGGCCAAUUGCAACCAAACACCAGCCCUGUUCUGACCUUGAAACCAACCAAAGACACCAACCUAAGACUGGAGGAGAAAUCAAGCAUUUCUAAAUGGAAAAAACACUGAAAAUUGAGUGGAGUUUCAACUUCCUGAUGGACCAAUGUGUAUUGGGGACAAUUCUCAACCUAAGGAAUACAAUAUAUCGCAAUCUAGGAGCCGUUUCACACCACAGCAUCCAUGCAAGAAAUAUAUAUUUUGCUGUGCUUGCAAAAUGUCUUGCCAGAAUACAUAAUUAGUCAUGUAUAUAAGAUAAAGUAAAAGAAAAUCAACAAUACCAAAGAAAAUAUAAAUUGUUAUAGUCAGUAUACACUUGGUUAUUCGGAACUCAGGCAAACCAUCCUGACUCAUGCACCAUAAUAUUUUCUUUGUUUGAUUUUGGGAGAGUAGGUGGGCAUACAUUUUUGUUAAAUAUCUAUUUUUCUUGGUAGUUUUGUUCAGUUUUUAAUUGUCCUUUCAAAUAACACAGGAGAUGCAUACGGUACAAUUCUUUGGAACCGGAUUUGAACUGUAGGGAAUAACAUCAGUCACCCAACGUGCUGCUCCCAUCGAAACAUUUAUUUUUGCCAAACUUUACCAAAAGUUAUAAAUGAUUCUUCAAACAAUAAUUCAUGAACUUAAUUAUUUGUCAUUUGUCCCCCUGAAAUGGUAGUAAUUCCUAAGAUUUCAAAUAACAGCAGGCAGGUUUUAUGUAGCAUUUGGUGGAUUGGACUUCUUGAGUCCGUUGACUUAUGAAUAGGUCGAUGUGACGCACUUCUAACGCUUUUCAAGUGGCCAUAAGUUAGAAAAGCACUGAAUGCAGAAUACCAUGUGUCGUCUAUAUUAUUAAAAAAACCAAUGGUCUAGUUUAAAAAAAGUAUGAAAGCAGUGCAAUAUGAAUCAACAAUAUUAUUAUACAAGACAAUUAUUGUCAGAUUCUUAAAAAGCCAGAUUAUACUAUAACAUUAAUGUUGUCCGUCAUGAAUGACAUUGGUGGGUUAGGUAUGCGGCCUGUAAUGUAACAGAGGCUGUAUGUGUUGUGCGGACACAAACACACACUGCACACAAAGUACACAUUAUUCAGUUAUAGUCAACGCUUUCCUCUGUAUCACAUUUUUUCAUGAUGAUGUAACAUAAUUGGUACCUCUCGAUCUUUCCUGCCCACCUGUGCAAUGGUUUUAACCAAUCCUCUCCUGGUUGCUGAGUCCUCCUCUUCACCAACGGACUGUGUAGCAUGUCUUGUAGAGGCGUAGCAGUCAGGCUGAUGGAUCUGACUCACGCUUAUCCAAUGGUAUCAAAUGACUCAUACACGCAACCAAUUAGAAGCGUUCAACAGCAGCAAAGUAGGACAUGCCGUUUUUUCUUUUUUUAGGAUGGACCAUUUUUGUCAUGGAGCACAUUUGUUUCGCCUUAAGCUUCAAAAGGUCCCAACUAAUUAUCCUAGAUUUUCUUUUUUAGCCAUUCAUCCCCUGUGAGGUCAAGCGCCUUUGCUAGAACGUGUCUAGCAAUGUGUUUGAAAGUACCAUUCAGCUAUAAAGAAAUUGAUGGACCUUCCUAGUUUUAUGUCUAUAUUAACAUUCAGUAGUGUAGCAUAAUUUUACAUUCAAAGCGCCUUGCAAAUUGAGGCUGAGAAUAGUCAAAGCAUAUAAUCAUAUAUGCUUUAUAUUGUAUCUAUAAAUAUAUAUAUAAACAUGUAUAUGUAUAUUUAUAUACGUAUAUAUAAACAUCUUCAAAUUAGAGUCCAAAAGAGAACAAAAAUGGGGACAAACAUUUUCAUCACAGCAGGCAUUCUGCUUAUCUUGAAACACGAGCCUCCAUAACCGUACUUUCCCCGUGUGUGUCUUGGCUUCCCAGUGCCUCUCCUUCUCUCUCUCCCUCUGUCCCCUCUCGUCUGCUCACAGCACUGUUCCCAGACCCCAGAAAGACUUGGAUCAAUUAUGCCUUAUCUUUUGUCAGCUUCUAACAGCUGCUAUGUCAUGCCUUAUCAAAAGCACCCUAUAUAUUAACUCACUGUCACAGGUGUCUAGGAAGCCUCCUCCUACUUGUCAGAGUCAUAGUAGGCCUACUAAAGUACUUUUAAUAUUCAUAAUAAGCCAAGGAGCCAGUAUCGUGUCACGGACAGGUUUUAAUACUAGUCUCAGAUUGAAGGGUAAGUAAGAUUUAAAAACAAUAAUUUUAGUAUUUUGUUAGAAAUCUCCAAGCCAUCCUUAAACUGUUUUAGGGAAAUGCUCUUUGAGAAUAUCUGUUUUGAGUUGCCUCAAAUGUGUGUAGUAUGUGUGUGUGUUUGUGUGCCUGUGUGUGCGGUCAUGACUCAUAGCUGAGCAUCAGCAGUGUUUUUCUCUACAUCUAUUAUUUUCUGUAUGUGACUGCUCUCUCACACUUGUAGACACAGCCAGCACCCACACAGUGCAAACACACGCAAAUAUAAACCUCCACCCACACUCAACACACAAUAAUAAAACUGAAAAGAAAAGAAAAUAUGGAAUGCGGAAGAAAGGAAGAAUUAGACGUACAGCUCUCUAUUAAAAAGAGAGAAGCUAAAAGCAUAAUUUGUAUAUGUUUGUAUUAAUAGCUACUGAACAACAGUAUUACAAAUAUAUAGCCUAGCAUUGUAUAGCAUAGCAUAUAACAUUUAUUUUUAACAUAGCUAGAAGAAUACAAUAUAACAACAUAAAAUAACUUACCACAUAGUAUAGUUUAAAAGAUAACCCUAAUAAAACAAAGAAACAGUUUCUUUAAACUGAAGCAGACAAAGAAUAUUUGAUCCCAGUUUCUUUAAUAAAUCAAGAUUACUGACAGCAGAGGAAGGAUCUCCUAAGAUUCCUCCUCUGAGAGUACCUUUGUAGGUAAAAUGAUUAUUACAAGAUAUUACUAGGAGAGGUGAAAAAGAUAUAUAAUUUGAAACCCAAGAGAUGCAGUUUUUUGUUUGAGUGGACUGCAGUCAAUGUUACCUUUUCAAACAAUCAAAAAAGACUAUAUGAUGAUUGCUUCAUAUACGACUCUCUGAUGAUGGGAUCUGAGGGAUUUUACAUAUUAGGUGUAAAAACAAAAUAGGCAUACAACAAUAAAAUGAGUCGUAUAUGAAGCAAUCAUAUAUUGUAGUUUUGAUUGUUGAAACAUAACAUUGACUCAGUUCAGUCAGUUAAAAGCAUCCAAUUCUUCAAUGAAAGACAGAGUGGUGUAAUUCGGCCUUAAAACUCACUUGAGCCUCAUGGUCUCUAUGGCACAUAUUAACUAUUAAUUUAUUAAUGAAGAGGGUCCCUAUCCUACUUACAUUCUUCCUUCAUCUCUAAUUCACUCUUACCGUCUUUGCAUCUUCUUCCUUUCCAUCUCUUCUCUUUCCAUCAGACUCAUUCUUCAGUUGCUCGACAGCCUCCUCUCCGUCUCUUCAAUCCACUCCUCUCUUGGCUGUAUUUGGAUUGCUCUAAUUAAUCAGCCUUAAAUAGAUGGUAGACCUACAUAAUUGACACAGCAACAGACACAGCGAUCUACUACUUAAAUACACAGAUGGCACUGCAAGCUGUGUGCGUGCGUAUGAAUGUGAGUGAGUGAAUCGGGUGAAUUUUUUUUUUUAAAUUUGAUAGUCGGCAAGGCAAAUAAAAAUAAAUCCAUGUGUGAAAAUUGUGUGCAUCUAUGUGUGCCCACUGUCACCUAAAUAAUUCAAGAAAGAUUCAAAUAUUUACCCACAAAUAUUUAUUAACAUAAAUUCCAGCUUUUAAUAAUAAUAUAUUUGCAUGAACCCUGCAUGUGAAACACUGUUAUUUCCCUCAGAGGACAAUGCAGGGUAAAAUAUCUGUAUUUAUUGUUUGAGUUGAGUUGAUGAGUUGAAAUUCAUUCGCAAUAAUAUCAUUGACAUGGCUCUGUAAAUGAUAUUAAGGAACAAUGAGUGAUGCAAAUAAGUGACAGUUAUCUACAUUUUACCAUCAAGAUAAGCCACACUGAAACUCUUUGAUUAUAAACUUUUCUUUAAAAAUGUUCCCCUCUGUCCUACUUCGUAAUAGACACAUAUCUCUUACAGAAUUUACAUGAACAUCAAAAUAUAACCCAUAGAAACGGAUCGAUUAUUUUUUGGGAAUGUUGUUUGGGAACGUUGCCGGUAAAAGAAUAUGUUUAAAUAUGUAAAACAAUGGAAACAUCAUAUUUUAGGGCUAUCGUAUGAUUUUGCAAAGUAAUAUGUUUUAGCAUUUAUUUUUUGGGUUAGGAAUUUGAACAUAGGUGAAAAGAGCGCUGAAGUGUUGAGGUGCUAUAGGCGACGAACUAAUAGCAAUUAAAAUAUUUAUUUAGUUUGCUAAUUCAAAUCUUUUCCAUAGUUCUUAUUAUUCAGGUUAUUAUUAUAUGGAUGGCAAAACAGUGGUAAAACUGGACAGUGCUGUCAUUUGAUGCAGUUGUAGGCAAUUACAAGCCAAAUAAAUGUCUUAAUUCAUCUGUUAAUGUGUUCGAAUGGCGAUCCUUUUUUUGUGGAAAAAUUUAUGUCAGUUUUGGAUGGUCUCAUAAACACCUUUUUGCUAAAAUAAAUAAAUGAACACAUAAAUAAACACGUUUUUUAAAUGAUUGAGUUAUUCUGCAUUCUGUUAUUAUUUUGGUUAUAACAAAUAAGUAGCCUGUGUCUGCAGGCUUGUGUCUUAUUAAGCCAAUAAAAAUGGCUUAAUAAACUAAUAACACUUACACACAGAAUAUCAGAAGUAGUGCUAUAGGUAAACCACUCCAAUAUUCAAAGCAAUUACCUUUUUUUUUUUACGAAAUCUAUGAAAAUGUACUUAUUUUCAAGCUGCAUCACUUUUACUUAAAUACCUUUAAAAA